UUAGCUCCGAGGCUUGUCACACUUCUCCGUUUUUCGCUCAAGCCAUGGCCAUAGAGGCGUCUCAAGCAUUGAUUGCGCGGAGAUGUUUGAAGUUUCGUUUUAUGAUGCAUGAUGCCUGGGAGAACGCAUUGUUUGUGCAUUGGCCUGUCCCAGCAGAACGAUUGGCAGAGAUGUUGCCAAGGGGUCUUGAGCCGGAUAUUAUGGAUGGUACUGGCUGGAUUGGCUUGGUGCUGCUGACGGAGCGGGGUGUUUCUUCAUCACAUCCACUGGGACGUAUGUUGGUUCCACCCAUCGAUCACUUGGGUGCGAAUAUACGAACAUAUGUUCGGCACAAUGAUGUGCCUGGCAUCUUCUUUUGGUCCCUGGAAUGUUCCAGCACAUUGGCCUCGAUAGGAGCCCGCGCUGCUGGAAUACCCUACUACCCUGCCACCAUGUUCCGCACAGUUGACAUGGAACCCUUUGCAAAGAAGACCGAUAUGAAAGUAGCAGAUCCAGGUUUCACCUUUGACUUCUCUUCCAGACGCACUGGAAUCUUCAGUACUCCUGGAGUUUCUGCAAAGUGGCAGCUGAGCGGCAAAAGCGAUGAAGACCGAGAUGAGGACUUCACGCGGAAAGCCGAAUGGUUCGUGGAAAGAUACUCGGUCUACGCAGCUUGGCCUUGGGGCAAAGGACCACUACUGCUUCGGGGAGAUGUUCAGCAUCCCGAAUGGCCGCUACAACGAGCCGUGAUUGAAAGUUUGGAUGCCUCUGAAUUGCUUGAGGAUUGGCUGCCAUGGCUGAUUAAGUUGUUCUCUUGUGUGUGUGUGUGUGUGUUUAAGUCUUCACUUGCUUUUAUUGCAUGAAGGCUUCAGAAAUUGCAUUGAAUGAUGGUUCUUUUUCUCCGGGUCCAGGCAGCAGGAUGGACAGAUCUUGCAGCAGCAGGCCAGAUGUCUUCUGCUCCACAUGUUUGUUUCUCACGGGGAGUUGGACCAGUGGAGUUUUGGAUGUUGGAACCUGUUUGAGAUGUGAUGUCCUUGCAGCCCUGCGACAUUCCAUGAAAACGGCUGAUGAGAACCAAUGGACCACUGCAAUGUGUGGCGCCAUCGUAUUUCCUGUUCAGAUUGUGCAGAAUUUGUUUCUUUGGCAAGCACGCUGAGAGAUGGUGCCCGUUCCAGAUUUUUGUCAAAUGUUUAAGCGCAGAUGCGCGGUUUUCUAACCGCUUCAACCUGGGACAGCUGUCAACACUACUACUAUAUUCUAGAUGCAAGCUAGAGGAGGCAGAAUAUUGUUGGACCAAGAAGUAGUCAAA